AUGUCGGUGAUCUACACUAUUGUACUGGCGAUCAUCUCGUCCCUCUCGUAUAUAGUCGCGGGAGCGUUGUUCGUGGGGAUCGUCUUUUUGGCGAUCAGGCACGACCUAGUGUCCGCCGCGAUCGCCAGAGAGCUUCAUCGUCAAAAGCCGGUGAUGGUUACAGUUGUCGACGAAGACGAAGAAAACUACUACUGGACGAACGCAGCCCGACGGCUGACUUUCGAGGCCGUACCGCCCGCGGUAAGGAUCCAAAUGUUGGUCAACCUUUUGCAAAAGUUCAAAGCCGACCGGCUGGAUCCGACGGACAAGCGCCUCAAAACAGUCAUCGCACGGCUGACCGGAAUGAUGGCCACGUAUCGACGGGCUCGAAUGGCCUACGAUUUUGAGACAUCAGAAUUGUAUGAAUUAUGCGCAUCUAAUAUUCGUCUGACAAAUUCGGUCGGAACAAAUACAGAAUACAGCGAAAAUUCAAGAAAUGUCAAGAAACAACCUGAAUCAUUGAAUGAGAAGGUUUCCAUCGUUGAGCCAUCUGUUCAAUCAUUGAAACCGUUGCCUUCUGAUGUAAUAUCCCAGUCGAAAUCGAUACAACCUGUUGAGAAAACUCAGUCGGAAUUGAUAGCGAAAUCUUCUAAUUCCACCGUUCAACAGACACAACUAGAAUCACUUACUGGAACGCUUAAGGAACUCGCGGCGUCUCUUAUAUCAGUUAUUGCAUGGUUUAAAUAUGCCUCGACCUCAAACGUGUAUAGGAGAAAAGUUGUUGCCGUUUAUAAAGCGAUCAAUUCGACACUUAACUCCCAAUACCUAAAAACAUUUUUUAAAUUCGUUUUUAACAGUUUUGAUACAGUUGUCAAACUUUAUACACACAUAGACAUGGAUGAUAGUGACAUUACAAAAGUCAUGAUAAGAAUACCAGCAACAGAAAAUGAUGAGGAGUGA